AGGGAAGGGACAGUUUGUUCUGAAACAGAGCGAAUCUCACUGGAUAUCCCAGCCAGUGUAUCACGUACCACACGCUCGUCAGCGUCCUUUUCGGUACGACCGCGUGCGGUACAGAAUCGGUAUCAUCCGGUGCCGUCACCUGCAACCAGGUUUUCGAAUUGCGCAGAAAAACGAUUAACACAUUUUGCGAUACGUACUGUCCAUAAGUGGUAUACAAUACGAUCAUUCAGAAAGAUAAUCCACCAUAUGAACAACGACUUUAACCUUCCUACAGUCAUAACUCGCGCAACUUCGAUAAGAAUCGGCGUCAUCGUGACACUGACGAUAACAGUGCAGAAAAAGUGAGGUUAACCAGUGAGAACGAAGUUUCAUAUUGUCAAGAAGACAUGUGGUCAAUAGAAUAAAUUGGACUCUACCGAUUGUUGCCAAAUUUCCGAUAGCUCGCAGAUCUCAUCGGAAUAAGAAUUUUCAAGUGUACGAAAAUGAAUUCGUAUGGAUGGAACAGAGAAAUAACCGAGCCAGAAUUCGUCCGACAAGAAACAAAGAAGAUCGAGUUAGGGGAGAAAGGAUCCGGCUUCAGACCACGAGGGGAAGUCCAAGACUUCAAUACCCUGAGACGAGAGUGCCUGGAGACAGGAAGACUCUUUGAAGAUCCUGAAUUUCCAGCCAAUGAUUCGUCGCUGUAUUUCUCCCGUAGACCGGAUAGAUACAUAGAAUGGAAACGACCGAUGGAAAUCGCGGACGAUCCUCAGCUCUUUGUGGAGGGUUUUUCAAGAUUCGAUGUUCAGCAAGGAGAACUGGGAGACUGUUGGUUGCUGGCCGCAGUGGCGAAUCUGACCAUGCAUUCGAAUUUGUUCUUUCAAAUAGUGCCAGAGGAUCAGAGCUUCGAGGAAAAUUACGCUGGAAUCUUUCACUUCAGGUUUUGGCAGUACGGUAGAUGGGUCGACGUAGUGAUCGACGAUCGAUUGCCCACCUGUCGUGGAGAAUUAGUGUAUCUUCAUUCGGCCGAGAAUAAUGAAUUCUGGAGCGCCCUUCUCGAAAAAGCAUACGCAAAACUUCAUGGUUCCUACGAGGCAUUAAAGGGUGGCACAACCUGUGAAGCCAUGGAGGAUUUCACUGGUGGAGUAACAGAAAUGUACCAAAUGGACGAAACGCCACCGAACUUGUUUAAUAUUCUGUUAAAAGCCUUUGAGAGAAACUCUUUACUGGGUUGUUCUAUCGAGCCCGACCCCAACGUACUGGAGGCUGAAACACCUCAAGGAUUGAUACGCGGUCACGCAUACAGCAUCACUCGCGUGAAGAACGUGGAGAUCCAGAUGCCAAAUCGGUACGGUACCAUACCUUUAUUGAGGCUUCGAAAUCCUUGGGGAAACGAGGCAGAAUGGAAUGGGCCUUGGAGCGAUCAAUCACCAGAAUGGAGAUUUAUCCCCGAUCAUGAGAAAGAGGAACUUGGCCUGACAUUCGACAUGGACGGUGAAUUUUGGAUGUCGUUCCAUGAUUUUAUUCGCCACUUCACGCAACUCGAGAUAUGCAACUUGAAUCCCGACUCCUUAACGACGGACGAUAUCAGCGCCGGGAAAAAACGCUGGGAGAUGAGCGUGUUUGAAGGAGAGUGGGUGCGCGGAGUGACAGCGGGUGGUUGCAGAAACUUUUUAGAGACCUUUUGGCAUAAUCCGCAGUACCGUAUUACAUUGGAGUCUCCAGAUGACGAUGAUGACAAAUGUACCGUAAUUGUCGCUUUGAUGCAAAAAAACAGAAGAGCGCAAAGAAGGAUGGGUGCUGAUUGCCUCACUGUUGGAUUCGCGAUAUAUCAUUUAGACUAUCCGGAGAGGCUACCAAAACCACUAGACAUUAAUUUCUUCAAGUACAACGCAUCUGUUGGACGUUCACCGGCAUUUAUAAAUUUACGAGAAGUUACGUGUCGUUUCAAAUUGCCACCAGGUGUUUACUGCAUAGUUCCGAGUACUUUCGAUCCAAACGAAGAAGGUGAAUUCUUGCUGAGAAUCUUCUCUGAGAACAAGAAUAAUAUGGAAGAAAAUGAUGAAGAAGUUGGUAUUGGAGAAGUUGAUGAUAGGAUAAUUAAUCCUGCGGGUGGUAAGGAGGACCAAAACGGAGAUAACGUUCCCAAUGAACCUGAGCAAGAUCGCAAUGGCGAGAAAGUCCGAGAAUUCUUCAAGAAACUUGCUGGCGAUGAUUUGGAAGUGGACUGGACGGAACUGAAAGAUAUCCUAGAUUACGCCAUGAGGAAAGAGUUACCACAAUUGGCGCAUCGUAGCGAGGCACAUGUUCCCGAAACUGUUGAAGGAAAUGGUUCGUUUGUCGACACUCUCAUCUCACUGCUGUGCGGCAUUGUUUGUAAUAAUGAACAGUACAAUAAGCCCGUAGAGACUCACGACAGAGGUUUCAGUAAAGAUAUAUGUCGCAGUAUGGUUGCUAUGUUAGAUGCAGAUCACUCUGGCAAACUCGGUUUUGAAGAAUUUAAAACGUUGUGGAAUGAUGUUAGAAAAUGGAGGGCUGUUUUCAAGUUGUACGACAAAGACGAAUCAGGAUAUUUAAAUGCAUUUGAAUUAAGACAAGCGUUAAAUAGCGCGGGAUACCGUUUAAACAAUCAUAUUCUUAAUAUAUUGAUUCAUCGUUAUGGUACUAAAGAUGGCAAGAUUACUUUCGACGAUUACAUAAUGUGCACGGUCAGACUUAAAACAAUGAUUGAUAUCUUUAGAGAGAGAGAUCCAGAUAAAACCCAAACAGCUACGUUCACCUUGGAAGAAUGGAUGGAAAAAACACUCUAUUCGUAAUAAAAUAUAAAUUCAAUUUACCAUAAACUUGAGAAUCUUUCUAAUACCAAUGUAUCAGAUUGUGAUGAUAAAUGGCCGGAACUAUGAAUGAGAAAUAUUUUUUUAUGGAGAACCGUAAAAGAGAAUAUACUUUAUAAGUUGAGAGAUUAUGUGUACCUACACAAAGCUUUAUUAAUUUCUCCGAACUAAUGUUGUAAAAGCAUUCAUAUGACUUCACACACAUGCAGUAUAUGAUCAAUUUAGGAAUGAGAAACUGUCUUUAUACAUAAGAAUAUAUAAAUAUUUCAUCUGUAAUAAUUAUGUUGAUUUAUAUGUGGAAGAAUAUGGUAUCGCGUGCCUUAACAUAUUUUAAGUAAUUGCAACAUUAUCAUUAAAA